GGAAGUAACGAGGUUCUAGCCAUUUCUAAACCUCGCACUCUCUUCAUAUUCUUCAUAUAACCUCCCCUUCGAUUGUGUUUUUCAUCAUCUUCCCACUCGUUUUAUUGUUGAUUUUUCUGUGAUUCGUGAUCAAAAAUAACAUGGCGAAUGAUUUAUCUCUUGAUUUGGAUGAACUUCGACACCUUCAAAGCAUCGCGAAGAGACCACGUGUUGUAUCCCUCAUUUCUUCAGAGAUUCGCAAUCUCGAAAAGCUAUCAAAUGAUGCAGCUUCAGUUGUGCCAGCCCCAGCCCCAGCCCCAGCCCCAGCCCCAGUUUCAACAAAUUUAAAGGUGGUUUCUGAUCCGACAUUAAAGUAUACAACACUUGGAUCAUUCAGCUGGGAUCAAGAUACCGACAAAGUCAAGAUCUAUGUUUUUCUGGAGGGAGUUGAUCAGGAAAAGGUUCAAACUGAGUUCAAUCCUAUGUCUGUUGAUGUGAAAUUUCAUGAUGUCCAAGGGAAGAAUUAUCGAUGUGCGAUACCAAAACUAAACAAAGAGAUUAUACCGGAGAAGUGUAAAGUGUUGGUUAAGCCUACAAAGGUCAUCAUCACAUUGGUCAAGGCUUCAAAGGGUAACUGGUUGGACCUGCAUUUCAAGGAGGAUAAGCUUAAACCGAGUCUAGACAAGGAGCGUGACCCAAUGGCAGGAAUUAUGGACCUAAUGAAGAAUAUGUAUGAGGAAGGCGAUGAUGAAAUGAAGAAGACAAUUGCAAAAGCAUGGACAGAUGCGCGGUCUGGUAAGGCGGCAGAUCCUAUGAAGAGUUACCGAUAAGCAGGUUUUGUUUUGUUCUGUUCAGAAUGAAAAGAAGAGGGAUUUGGUUGUAGACCUUGAUGCUUGUUUUGAAGGAUGCCUGUAUUUUGGACCAUACUUAUCUUUCCUUGGUUUUUCUUUUAUGCCGAUGUUGAUUGUCGAUAACUAGGUGGCCGUCGCAGUCAUGAUGACCGAAAAUUGUAACUGGUUAAGCCGGUCCUGUUCUGGUUGUCGAUCGAAAAUUCCGGGUAAACUGAUUAGUCAAGGUGCUGAUUCUUUUAUU